ACAGUUUAGUUACCUUUGCUCAAACAUUUAAGUCUCAUCCCAGGAAGGUUCUGGAGUUAUGAAACCUAGUAAAAAAUUUUUGAAUGAACUACUAUACCUAGAUAUUGAUGAGAGUAAGCGACCUCCCAUUACCAAAAAUGAAAUUGAAAUUUUGCUUUCAUGUGAUCCGUGCGAGGAAGUAUAUAAGGUAUUAGGUGACCUGGCUCGUAAAGGUGCGUUCAACACUAAUUUAACCGAAUUGACAAAAGUUUGUACCGAUUUGACUCUGUUUCUAAUUUCAAGAAUGCAAGAUGUCAACAGAUAUUUUAUGGUCGAGGCAGGAGCAAUUGAAUCAGUAGCUGAGGGAUUGAAGCACGGAAACGAAGAAUUAGAUUUGAAUGCGUUGAGAGUUAUUGCCAAUCUUUGCUAUGACAAUGAUGAGGGGCGAAGCAGAGUGAAAAAGAUGCCUGGGACGCUGGAGUUAAUCGCCAAUAUGCUUUGGUCGAAACGUAUAGAUAAGCUGCGCAUUGCGAUUGGCUGUAUUGCGAAUCUGUCUUCGGAUACAGAGGACAUUUGCGGAUUUUUUUUACAAUAUCCGAACGCGCUCGAUCGGCUCAUUGAGCUCGGCAAUUACGAACUGAGUGAAGUAUCGACCAUGGCGCUGCAAGCACUUGGAAACCUUGGAUGCACAGAGUCUCAAUGCGACCAGAUUUUUAAAGCAGGAGGGUUCCACAUGGCUAUCGAGUUAUUAAAAAAUCCAGACUUGAACACAAUACGUGAGGCCUUGUACGUGACAAGCUCGUUGAUCGCUUCAAAGGAGGUCGCGGACUACUUUUUCGAACAAGACGGUAUUCAGAUACUUUAUCAGUGUAUCACUCGGUAUGAGAACGCUGGCUUUGAUAAAGACCCACAAGAUGUCAAAGACGCCAUCAAGAAGACUUUUGACUUUCUAAUAGAUAUAGCCGAAAACCGACAUUAUCAUACUCACUUCGCCGACGAAUCGCUGAUCAACCAGCUGUUCGACUGGGUCGACCACUCCUCUUGUUCAGAAAUUGUCGAUAUGUCGGCUGGCGUCAUUCGUCGUAUCUCCGUCGAAAGCGACAUCAGAGACAAGAUAUACCCGAGAAUACCAAUUUUGAUGGACUGGUUGAGAAAUUCAGACAAGUAUGAAGUUAAAUUGACAGCAGCUGUCACUUUGGGGAGUUUCUCCCACGACGACAAGAGUAGUUCUGAAAUGAUUGAAAGGGGCAUACCUGAACUUCUGCUUGAGGUCCUUGAUUCUCAGAUGAACGUUCUCAAAGCCAAGAGCCAAUCACUCACAGACGCUGCCAUAGCAUCUGAGAAUGAAAACAAGGUACUUCGAUUGAAGCAUGUAUGUGUGUGUAAUCUCAGAAACUUGAGUUUUUGUGCUAGCCAUAAAAAGAUUUUAUUAGAUCAGGGUUUAAUGAAAUUUUUUCCGGACUUGUUUCGAGAAAAAAAUGAAGUUCUCGCCCAUGCGUCUAUUUUGCUGCUGAAAAAUCUCCUCUUUGCUGGUCAAGUAUCUAUCGAUGAGCUAGCAAAGCACGAUCCUCAAUUUGAAUCUCUGCUAAAUCUAACUCAUGCCGGUGAAGGACAAAAAUGUGACCAUGUCUUUUACGAAGCAUCUAGAGCCGUUAACGUCUUAAUACAGAAUGCCGAUUCCAGCUUCAAGAUUCGUAUAAUCAGAGAUCCAGUUAUCGGCAGAAAAAUUUUAGCGGCCAUUAACAAUCUCGUACAAAGUAAAUACGACAUAUUGCAAAACGAAGGAAUAGAAUCCUACCUGAGCAUAUUGCAAUUUGACUCUCUAAGAGAGAGCGUUUUGAGCGAACUGCAUCGGCUGCUGCCGAAUUUGACCCAAAAACUAACCGAAAUACUCGAAAACCGAAUUACCAAUGACUCGAGCAAAAAGGACUCAGAUGAAAAUACGGAAAAUGACCAAAAAAAAAUCAAAAUGUAUGAGUCAUGCUCAAGACUUCUAGAAAUCCUCUCAAAUGGGGAAACAUCAAAAGGAUAAAUCGAAAAGCUGAACAUGUUUUUCACAAAACCAAGAGAAAAUUUUAAAGCGUCUAGAGUAUUUGAAAAAGCCCUAUUUCGAUAAAAUGCGCAUUUUUUAAACUGAA